GCGGAACACAAUGGAAGGAUACCAGGCUGUUGAGUCACAAGGCUCUUGGCAGUGAACUUCAAAAAAUGCAGGAUUGUCCCGGCGCAAUGAAGCAUUUGUGCCAGAUUGCUUCUAUUCUAGGAAAUCUGGAACGCCUCUGUUUACUUUCCAGACGUUGUACCUUUGUAGAAUUUGGUGCUGGAAGAGGGGCUGUAUCCUACUGGCUCUCGAAGGUUGCCUCCGAAUCUAAGAAAGACUCGGAGGUUUUCCUGAUCGACCGAGCUUCCCAGAGACACAAACUCGAUAACCGUUUAAAAGAUGGAGAUGAAGCCCUGGGAUCCGUACCCGUUUCGAGAAUUAAAGCUGACAUUGAGCACUUGGUGCUGGAUUCUUUGCUCGAUGUGCCGCGUUUGGAUACUGGAAGUGAGGAUGAAACUCGGAUAGUUGCGGUGACCAAGCAUUUGUGCGGCGCCGCGACGGACUUUGCCCUUCGUUGCUUGGCAAAUUCGAAAAUUAAAGACAAAUCUGUGUGUUUUGCAACUUGUUGUCAUCACCGGUGCGAGUGGAAAUCGUACGUAGGGAAGUCGGUUUUACAAAGUUACGGAUUCAAUGCCUCCAACUUCCGAGUUUUGUGUUCCUUGACGAGUUGGCUGACCUGUGGGUCUCGGAAACGAGAAGAAAAGUUGGACCCGUGCUCUGAUGAGAUAUCUCAACAAAGGUACGCCAAAUUGGGGUUUACCGUCAAUGAAAGCGAAGAAAUCGGAAGAAUCUGCAAGGAUAUAAUCGAUGCUGGCAGGAUAAAUUAUUUGAAGUCGGUGGGAUUUGCAGAUGCGAACUGCUGUAUUUAUGUUCCCGAAUCCGUGACUCCGGAAAAUGUUCUUCUGAUUGCGAAAACCGUCGAAUCAUUAAAAGGAUUGUCUAUUUUUCAUCUGGGAUGCCAGCCAGGUUGCGUUGGAACUGUUUCUGCAUUGGCGAACAUCAUCCCAGAAGUAGUGUGCAAAACCUUUUCUCUUGCUAAGUGUGGCUCUUGGGACGAUGCGAGUGCAUUGAACAGACGUUUGAUUCAACCUAAUAUGGCGGUGACCAGUCAAUUCGGCGUUGCUGGACUCAAGGCAGUGAUGGACGCUUAUGGCUAUUAUGGAGGUUCAGUUCGGCGCCCUUUGUUGUCGAUUGAUGAAUCCGGUGCUAAAGCUGCGAUGAAACCAUUUCUUGAAAAUGGGUUUUAAUCGUCAGAUAACUGUGAAUCUUUUUUUUUUUACUGACAAUUUGUUAACUGUUUUGUCAUUGGCGCGAACCUUUCAACUCCAAGAAAGUGGGCGCCGAAGAAGAACUACAUUAUUUUCGGAUGUUUUUUCGCCGUUGUUCAAAGCUAUAUUUAUAGGCUCUAAUAUACGCUCCCGAGAUGACAAAUGAAGGCAGUAGACAACCGGAACACGCGUUUCCUUUUUCGCAUUCGUGAGCCUCGUUUUUCAUAGAAUUUAUUCAAGAUAAUGAAGAAGGGUUG